AUGUCAAAAGACUACUACGAGUAUGAGGAAUUCUCCCGCCGCCGGCGAGAUUUCUCUCCAGACAAUUACUCUGGUGGCACCCCAAACUCCCAACAGCAAGGUCCUCCUCCUCCUGGCGCUCCUCCAUACGCCUCAACAUCUCGUCUUGAUGAUCCCUACUACGGCGGCGCACCUCCUCCGAGGGAGCGCAUGACUCUUGGGCCUCCCGAACAACAGAACCGCCCGCGCUCUGUCCCGCCCAACACCGCCAUGGUCCGACGCAGCCGGUCUCGCUCUCGUCCUCCUUCCGACGAUGACGAUUAUGAUGACAGACGUAGCUCGCGAAACCGUUCGCCAAGUCCCAUCUCUCGCGCUCGCAAUGUCGUUGACGAAAACUUCUCUCACUCUGCAUCUGGUAUAGGCGCCGGCCUUUUGGGCGCUGUUGUCGGUGGCCUCGUAGCCCGUGAGGCAACCGAGGCAGCAACCCGCCGUAAACACAAAACACGCGGCUAUGACGACGACAAUGAGGACCGCACUCGUCUCGUUUCCACCAUUCUAGGCGCGGUGGCUGGAGGUCUCGGGGCCAAUGCUCUUGCCAAUCGUGUAGAGGAUUCGAGGGAACGUGAUCGACGCCGUCAACAUGAAUGGGAGCGCGAGCGUAGCUACGUAAGGGAAGAAGAAAUGCCUCGGUACGAGCGACGAAGAUCCGGCGACCGGUCCCAAGAUCGAGAGCGAGAACGGGACCGGGACAGAGACGAUGGCCGCCGGGAUCGUGAGCGGUAUGACCGCAGCAGAGCGCUUGGACCGAAUGAUGAUGAAGAUUAUGACUUUGUUUAUGAUGAUCCACGAUAUGAAGAUAGGGAGCCUCGGCAACGUAGGAGUGAAGAUGGCUAUCGAUAUCGCCAAUAG